AUACGUAUUUGAUAGAAAAAAUCUUAAAUUGUGCUGUGCAAAAUUCAUGCCUUUGUAAAGCAUCUUUGGUUUUCAGCUAUUGAGCAACUGCCGCCGUUGAAUUGAAAUCAAAAAUUGAGGCCAACUAAACAAAGCGAAGUGAAAAUGGAUACAAAACGGUUGAAAGUAACGAAUAGAAAUCAAUUCGAGGCGAUGGUUUCUCACAUGGAGAAAAAUCCUCAUAUAGCAAAAGGGCAAAGGUUUGCUGAAACGGCAAAUAUCUCGAAAACAAAUUACAAUGUAUUUUGGAAUCGUUUAACCGCUGAUUUGAAUAGUCUUGGACCUCCCAUUCGUUCUAUAAUGGAAUGGCAGAAAGUAUGGAGUGACUAUAAGCUGAAAAUAAAACGAAAGCUUGGUUAUAACAAGAACGAAACCCGAGCUACUGGAGGAGGAAACAACAGAAUGGUGCAGCUUUCAUCAUGUGAAGAAGCCGUUUCAGGUCUUCUAUCAUUGGACGUGGCGGUAGUGUGUUUGGAUUGGAGUCGAACGCAAGUUCAUCGACCACACCAGCGAAUCAACUAUCCAGUGAAAUUGAACGAUGUGAUGAAAAUUUAG